AGUCAAUACGUCACUUCCUGGAUGCAAAACAUUCGAUAUCCAUGUAUUUGUCCCGCUGUGAGAAAAAUCUGAUUAAUGACGGAUUAAAAAAGUCCGUGUGUGUGAGUGGAGCGGAGUUUUUAUAUCUUUAAGAUCUUUAUUUAUGUUCAGUGUCACCGGAAGUCCCGUCUUCUCGUCUGCACGUGCCACCCCGUUACCAUGAAGAAGAGGAGCUCGGAGAAGAAGCGCCAUGUGGUGUCCUGGAUCAACAAGGCGGAGUGGGACCAGGUACUGGAGUACCUGUACUCCAAAGACCCGGGAUUACAGAGGUACGCCCUGAACAGGAUCUCCGCCUGGAAGGCUCGGUACGUCAACAGCACCCCGGUGGCAGUGGACUGCACCGCGGACCUGGUCCGGUGUCAGGUGUUAGACCGGUCCGGACAGGUGGGAGGGGACGACCUGGUCCUGCUGUACGGAGCGGCCUUGGUCAGGUUUGUGAACCAGAUCACCGAGAGACAGCAGGGGAGGACGGCUCGGCCUCUGAGGAGGCUGGCCGGAAACCUGAACAUCCCGGAGUGGGUUGUGGAAUUGAGGCAUGACGUCACACACCGGAAGAUGCCCACUCUGAAGUGGUGUCGAAAGGGAUGUAAGGUGGUUCUGGACUGGCUCCAGCAGGAGUACUGGUCCAGGCAGCUGGGAGGCGGGGCUAAUGAGGGCUGGGACUGUCAAUCAGACUUAGACGAAGAGGAGAUGGACUUAAAGCGCCAGGAGGACGAGCUCCUCGCCAAGCAGAAAGAGAUGGAGGCGUACAAGACGGCUCGGGAGCUGCUGAUCUCGUUCGAGAAUGAGCAGUUUAAGACUUGUGACGGUCUGCAGGAGGAGCUGAGGAGGAGCGCGUGGCCCGCUCCCCUGGCUGACAUGAGCUGGAUCCUGGCUGAGAUCAAACAGUUCUCUGUGGAGUCGAGUGGUCUGCUGGUGGACGCUCUGUUGGAAGACGGGUUUCUGGUUCCCACGAUGGAGCAGCUGCAGACUUUAGGCUGCGACUCUCCCGACGAUGACAGCCUCACUGAACCCAGACUCCCUCAGACCUUCCUGCGGUUCUGGCUGCCCCUCCUGAAGAUGCUUAACUCGCCGUCGUUCAUCCACCUGCUGCUGGAGAAGCUGUUUGUGGAGCUGAAGCUGCUCACCACGGAGCAGAACAAUCACAGAGUUUUCUACAUCUCAGCCUGGAUUUCUGAAGUGUUCCUCUGCAACAGCAACAAGUUUGAGUUUCACUUUGAGACAAAGGUGCAGAAGAAGAACCGGAUGAAGGACAGGAUCUUUGUAAACCGCAUCCAGCUGAGGUGGCAGCAGCUGCUCUCUGCAUGCCUCGACGCCCCCUGCACCUCCACGCCUCACCUACUGCAGCUGAUUCUGGACGACAUGGAGCACCCUCUGCCUCUAGACACCCGGCAGAGGCUGCUGCAGCUCUGCUCCAUCUACACCCAGUCUGCUCCCCCAGACCUUGCUCCUCCUCCACAGUACAAACAGCCCAUCUACACUCUGGAGAGCCUGCACGAGAAGCUGCAGCACUCCCGGCGCCACAGCCACGCCCGUCGCUCCAGGGCCGACUUGGAGAGGAGCGAGUCCUCACAGGAGCACAAGUCUUCAGAUGUUCAUGAGAAAGCAGAGCUGCUGCGAGGCUCUCCCUGGCAGGUGUGUGUGGAUAAAGUUUUGUGGAAGAACUUCCCUCUGGGUAAAAUCCCCGGACAGUCCGAGGACCCCUCGUGCCUCAUGGUGGAGAACUACUCCACAAUGACCGUGUUUGACCAGCCGGUGGAGCUGGAGAGCAGCAGCACCACACACACCGCGGCCGGAGUCUCUGCACCUAUGAGGACAUCUGAAGGUCUUCUGUGGAGCCACAGUGACGUGAACAAACUGAAGACUGGAUUGAAACUGUUCUGAGUCGAGUUAUGAAGCUGUGAAAUAAAAGCUAUGAGCUGCUGGGACACUGUUGAACUGAACCGUCUUUUUGUCUGUGUGAAGUUAUAUUCCAAACUAAUACACUUAACCAGGACUGCAACAUGUGAAGGGGUUCAAAUGUCCCUUACUCUUGUUACCAGGUGUUAUAAAUGAUGCAAUCUGUGUGCUUUUUAAAUAAAUGGUGUCAUCGAAAAAAUACCAACACCCAUCUAUUUCAUAAGACAGGUGUGUAGGAGGGGAAUGAAACCAUCAAAAGUUGCAGGCAAACUUGUACACUGUCUCAAUUGCACCAAAACUUUUGCAAACUUUUGGUGUGUUGUAAAUGUUUUGAGGACUUUAGACAGUCUGAGGAAGUUUGUUUUUUGCAACAUUUGAUCAUUAAAAAGGAUCGUUGUGUAGGACUUCUAUUUUUGUGGUAUCAAAACAGUUGUUGAUAUUGUUUGAUUCAGACUUGUAUGAUAUCAGAGUUCAGUCUGAACCUCAAACUCUCUUAAUUUACUGAAAUAAAUUUAAAUUAAAGCAAAUCGUCACAUUAGGAAGCUACAGGUGAUAAACAUUUGACCUCUGUGCCUAAAAAAUGAUUAAUAAAGAGUGAAGUGGAAAUGAA